AUGUCUACAAAAAUGACUGCAGUUCUGUUCCUGUUACAGCUGAGUAGUCACUUUAGUUCUGGAACUUGUGGGAAGGUGCUUGUGUGGCCAAUGGAAUACAGCCAUUGGAUCAAUAUAAAGACAAUAUUGGAUGAACUAGUUCAGAAAGGUCACGAAGUGACUGUUCUGAAAUCCUCAGCUUCCGUUUCUUUUUAUGUUGAAGAAGGAUCUGCUAUUAAAUUUGAGACUUACCCUUCAGCAAUGUCUAAAACUGACAUGGAAGAUUUUUACAUUGAAACAAUCAGGAAGUUGAUUUAUGAGCUGCCAAAAGAAUCAAUUUGGACAUACUUUUCACUGUUGCAAGACCUGGUGUGGGAAGAUUCUGAAUACUUUAUGACACUCUGUAAAGAGGUAGUUUUUAACAAGAAUCUUAUGACAAAACUACGUGAAUCCAAGUUUGAUGUCAUUCUUGCAGAUGCAUUUGGUCCCUGUGGUGAGCUGCUAGCUGAGCUAUUUAAAAUACCACUUGUGUAUACUCUUCGCUUUUUGUCUGGUUACACGUAUGAAAAAUAUAGUGCAGGACUUUCAUUCCCUCCUUCCUAUGUGCCUAUUCUUAUGUCAGAAUUAAGUGAUCAAAUGACUUUCAUGGAGCGGAUAAAAAAUAUGCUCUAUGUGCUGUAUUUUGAUUUUUGGUUCCAAACAUUUGAUGAGAAGAAGUGGAAUCAGUUUUACAGUGAAAUUUUAGGAAGACCCACUACAUUAUUAGAGACAAUGUCAAAAGCAGAUAUCUGGCUCAUUAGAACCUAUUGGGAUUUGGAAUUUCCUCGCCCAACCCUACCAAAUGUUGAUUUCGUUGGAGGACUCCACUGCAGACCUGCCAAACCUCUGCCUAAGGAAAUGGAAGACUUUGUCCAGAGCUCUGGAGAGAAUGGUGUUGUGGUGUUUUCUCUGGGGUCAAUGGUCAAUAACAUGACCCAAGAAAGGGCCAAUGUGAUUGCAUCAGCCCUUGCCCAGAUUCCACAAAAGGUCAUAUGGAGAUAUGAUGGCAAGAAACCAGCUACCUUAGGACCCAAUACUCGACUUUACAAAUGGAUUCCUCAGAAUGACCUUCUUGGUCAUCCAAAAACCAAAGCUUUUAUAACUCAUGGUGGAACCAAUGGCAUCUAUGAGGCCAUCUAUCAUGGGAUCCCUCUGGUGGGCAUUCCCUUGUUUGCGGAUCAACCUGAUAAUGUCAUGCACAUGAAAGCCAAAGGAGCAGCUCUUAGACUGAAUUUUAUUACAAUGUCAAGUAUGGAUUUACUCAAUGCGUUGAAUACAGUCAUUAAUGAACCUUCAUAUAAAGAGAAUGCUAUGAGGCUAUCAAGAAUUCACCAUGAACAGCCAGUGAAGCCUCUGGAUCGAGCUGUCUUCUGGAUUGAGUUUGUCAUGCGCCACAAAGGAGCUAAACACCUCCGGGUUGCUGCCCAUGACCUAUCCUGGUUCCAGUACUACUCUUUGGAUGUGCUUGGGUUCCUGCUGGCCUGUGUGGCAACUGUGAUAUUUAUCAUCACCAAAUGCUGUCUGUUUUGUUGCCAGAAGUUUACUAAAACAGGAAAGAAGAAGAAAAGGGCGUAGUUGCAUCUAGA